AGCUACCGAGAGCCAGUCCAAGCGGAGCAGGCGGGCGGCCCGCAGGGCAUAUAAAACUGCUCCCCAUCCACCUUUCGUGUUGCUUCGUCUCCUCUCCCAUUUGCCCCCGCCUCGCUCUCACGCCGCUCGCGUCACUCCGAGCCCCCCCAAUCCGUCAACGAGCCCGCCCGAGCAAAGAAAACCGCUUGAGAAAUGGCUGAAGAGGAUGUCCAGCCGAUUGUGUGUGACAAUGGCACCGGAAUGGUCAAGGCGGGGUUCGCCGGCGACGACGCGCCGAGGGCCGUGUUCCCGAGCAUCGUGGGCAGGCCGCGGCACACGGGGGUGAUGGUGGGCAUGGGCCAGAAGGACGCGUACGUGGGCGACGAGGCGCAGUCCAAGCGAGGCAUCCUGACGCUCAAGUACCCGAUCGAGCACGGCGUGGUGGGCAACUGGGACGACAUGGAGAAGAUCUGGCACCACACCUUCUACAACGAGCUCCGGGUGGCGCCGGAGGAGCACCCCGUGCUGCUCACGGAGGCGCCCAUGAAUCCCAAGGCCAACCGGGAGAAGAUGACCCAGAUCAUGUUCGAGACCUUCAGCUGCCCCGCCAUGUACGUGGCCAUCCAGGCCGUGCUCUCCCUCUACGCCAGCGGCCGGACCACCGGCAUCGUCAUGGACUCGGGCGACGGCGUCAGCCACACCGUCCCCAUCUACGAGGGCUUCACGCUCCCCCACGCCAUCAUCCGGCUCGACCUCGCCGGCCGCGACCUCACCGACGGCCUCAUGAAGAUCAUGACCGAGAGGGGCUACUCCUUCACCACCACCGCCGAGCGGGAAAUCGUCAGGGACAUCAAGGAGAAGCUCGCCUACGUCGCCCUCGACUACGAGCAGGAGCUGGAGACGGCCAGGACCAGCUCCGCCGUCGAGAAGAACUACGAGCUGCCGGACGGCCAGGUGAUCACCAUCGGCGCGGAGCGGUUCAGGUGCCCCGAGGUGCUCUUCCAGCCCUCCAUGAUCGGCAUGGAGGCCGCCGGCAUCCACGAGGCCACGUACAACUCCAUCAUGAAGUGCGACGUGGAUAUAAGGAAGGAUCUGUACGGCAAUGUCGUGCUCAGCGGGGGUUCCACCAUGUUCCCUGGGAUCGCCGACCGCAUGAACAAGGAGAUCACCGCGCUCGCGCCCAGCAGCAUGAGGGUGAAGGUCGUCGCCCCGCCGGAGAGGAAGUACAGUGUCUGGAUCGGCGGCUCCAUUCUCGCCUCUCUCAGUACCUUCCAGCAGAUGUGGAUCUCCAAGGCAGAGUACGAUGAAACCGGCCCGUCGAUCGUCCACAUGAAGUGCUUCUGAUCAGUCCGAGGCUGACCAACCUGUACCUGUCAUUCAGUUGCUUGAGGUCCAAAUCGCAGAUGCUUGAAUGUGCCAUGGUUUCCAUGGCGUCGUGGUUCGCUGAAAGUGUUUUGGUCAUGGAACAAAUUUGAAAGGUAAGGUCGAUUGAUGGUUUCGAACAAUUCUGUAGGACGUCGGGUCAGUUUCAGUGGGUUCACUGAAGCAUGUAGUCUGGGACAUUUAUUUUGGUUUCGGCGAUUCAGCUCAUGCGUGUGCUGGAGACCUGAAACAGAGUGUCGUUUGUUUGCACCACCCCGGCGAGGGUGUUGAUUCUUGUACCUUUUGUAGCGGGGGUUUCUUGUCAAACCACCUGGUCAGUUCUCGCAUGUAGAAGCUUAUUUUGUUGGUACUUCAGCAUUUGUACAUUUUGAAUUAUUAUUGAAGGAAGUUUAUGUUUGUUA